AUGGAAGAAGAAAAUAUUGCAAUGAUAACGCCAACAAAACUUACCUCUAUGAAAAGAACUGACCUACAAAGAAUGUGCAAGAAAUUUGGUUUGAAGGCUAGUGGGAAGAACACUGAUUUACAAAAGAAAUUAGCAACAUACGCGUUGGAAAAAUUAGGAGGAACGUUUGAAGAUGAAGAUUAUGAUGUUGAAACGGUAGACGUUGAUGUUAUUUCAAAUCGUGGUGGCACUGACAGAACCUCUAAAAGCAAUAUGACUAAUGAACUCAUAAUGCCCACUACACCACAAACACCUACUAUAAUUCCAAAAGAACAAAUUAAUGACUUGGGUAGAUCACUUCUUGAAAUUACUCAAAAUGAUAACGAAAUUAAAGAAAGUGAUGAUGAAACAAUGAAUAUAGUUCAAAAUAUUAAAUUAGAAAACCCAUUUCAAGUAUCAAUCGAUGAAAACAUUCAAAAGUCGACCGAUGAACUUAUUGACCAACCUAUUGACGAAUCUAUUCGGAAACUUAUUGACGAACCUAUUCCAGAACUUAUUGACGAACCCAUUCCAGAACCUAUUCUUGAAUCUAUGCCGAGUAACACCACUACAUCAGAACAAGUGAUUUUAGGUGAAAAAUCUUUAGCAAACAUGGAAAAAAUUAUUUCAUCCACACCUAUUGAAAAUAAAUUAAAAAUUGAAAACUUGACCAAUAAAGUUACAAACGAUAAUACAGAUUUUUCAUUCGAUGUAGAAAAUCAACAGUUUACUCCAAAAAAAAACCCCCCAGCUCAAGAAAUUGAUUUAAAUGUUUUGGGGAAAGAACCUAAAACUCCAGUCAAACAUGUUAGAGAAAUUCAGCAACGACGAGUUUCUAAUUUCAUGGAACUUCUUAAAUCUACACCUAUGAGCGAAUCGCCGAAAUUCAUUGAUAAUGAAAUUGGUAGUAAUAAUUCAAGUAAAUUGAAGAAAUUAUUCACGGAUGAUAGUCCGGUAAAAGGACCUCAACUCGAUCAAGAUUCUCCUUUUGUAACCAUGGAAACUAAAAUACAUGCAGUCGAGGAAACUACAGGCCGAACCUCCAUGAUCAACAAUGAUCUUUUAGGCUCAAACACUGAUAGUAUUGAAAUUGAAUUACAGCCUACUCCUAUGGAAUUAUCUGAUGAUGUUAAUGAUGUACACAAUCAAGAUACUGUUCCCAAGAUAGGAAACUUGCCUGUUCCUGAUAAUCAUCAACCACAGCAGAUUUCGUUUGAUUUAAUCAGUGAUUCAUAUCAAUCGCCAAUUGUUCAACCAAAUCAAAUCAAAUCAUCGUUGUCAUCAGCUACAGAAGUGGGCAUAAUGGCAGUAAAAGUAGAAGAAGAUAUUUUAAUGACAAUCGAAGAUUCUAAUAUUAAUCAUCAUGACGAUGCUAAUAAACCAAAAGAGAUCAAAAAAUCAGAAAAUUCGAUUGGGUCAAAACGUAAAGAUAUAGAAACGGUUAAUGAAUCUUUGAUUAAAAAACAAAAGUUAUCGAGCUCCCCUGACAAGAUUUUCAAUAGUACUGAUAAUGAUAAUAAUAAGCAAAAAGGAAAAUCACCAAAAAAAGUUGAUAAGAAAGUUCAAAGUGAAGUGAUUAAUGUCAGAAAUCCAACUGUAAAGAAUACAUAUCAAAAAAAACAAUUAUUUUUAGCCAAUCCUGAAGAACAAAGAAAAAAAGAAUUUUUGAAACGUAAACAAGCUGCAAAAAAUGGUUAG